UUGUGGUUCGCGAUAACGGAACACAAAUUACAUAACAUAAUCUCAUAACGCUACCGGAACGACUUGCCUCUCUCUCUCAGUGGAUUGACAAAGAGCUGCCCAAUUCCGGGAUGGACAACGGCAAGGUAAACGUUCCUGUUGACACCGGCACCAGCAAGGAUACGACACCAUCCGAAGUAACGAAACCACCCAAGAAAGAAGGGACCCCGCAAUUAGCGACGGUCCGCCAAGUCUUUUCAUUCGCCAAUACCGCCAAGAUCCAAUGGUACAUCAUUGGUUCUUUCUGUGCGGCGAUUACGUCUGGUGCCAUCCUUCCAGCCUCGAUCUUUUAUUUCGCAGUAGCCUUGCAGGAUUUAGCAGCUGAUACCGAUAGUUAUGACUUUAGGGCUACCAUUCGUGAGAUUUCAUUCGCGUUUAUGGUCUUCGGGGUGCUGCUCUUUGCGUCCAUGACGAUACAGAGCUCGUUGAUGGAGAUGGCCGCCGCCGAAAUGACGCACGAGCUCAAGACAUCCUGGUUUGCCGCUAUCAUGCGCCAAGACAUGGCGUACUUCGAUGCUAAGGAUGUUUCCGGAGACGCAACCAUUAUCACAAUUAAUGGAGCAAAGUAUAAAAAGGGUGUCGGACGUAAACUGGCCGAGUCGCUUCAAUUUUUUGUCAGCUUUGUCGGGUCUUUGGCGUAUAGUUUUUGGGCGUCGUGGCAAACGAGUUUGGUCACUUUGUUGAUUACACCAGUCAUGUUUGCGAGUUCAUUAUUUCUGCUGAAGAUGAACAAAUCCCAGACGUUGCGAGCCAAUGCAACGUAUGCAAAGGCUGGGUCAAUUGUCAACAUGGCCGUUACGUCUCUUCGCACAAUUUUGUCUUUGAAUGCGGUCGAACGAGUUAUCGAAAUGUACCAGGAAGCUACAGCGGAGGCUUGCCAAGGAGCGGUUAGCCAAGUGUGGUUGGUGGGUCUCGCUACCGGGUGUCAAUUGGGAUCAUUCCUUUUGUCCUACGUUGUGAUUACACUGUUUGGCUCUUAUUUGUUAUUCGAUAAUGUUCGUGAUUCUGGUUGUGACCCGUCCGGUACUACGGAUGGUGUGCCAGCGUGUGACCCUUCCGGUGCGGAUGUAUUUGGAGCUCUCAUGGGGGUCACGGUUGCAGCAUUCGUUCUUCCACAAGUCUCUGUCGCUUUGGACGCAUUCAUUGAGAAGGUCUCGUCAUCGUAUGUGAUUGAUUCUUCUUCGGAUAGAGGAGUCAAGUUACCGUCAUUAAUUGGCGAUUUAGAAUUCCGAAGCGUCAGAUUUUCCUAUCCGACCCGAGAUGCUGAUGUCUUUCGUAACUUUUCCUUACAAAUUCCGUCAGGGAAGACUGUUGCUUUGGUGGGUCCUUCAGGAUGUGGAAAAUCUACAGCGAUGCAGCUACUAGAACGGUUCUAUGACCCUCUAGACGGGACUUUGACUUUAGACGGAGUCGAUUUGCGAGAAAUUAAUGUCAAAUGGCUUCGGCAGCAGAUUGGCCUCGUCAGCCAAGAACCAAAGCUUUUCGCAAUGUCAAUUCGAGAUAAUAUUGCAAUCGGCUCCCCGAAUGCUUCACAAGGAGACAUUGAGCGGGCUGCUAGCAUGGCGAACGCCUACGAUUUUAUCCAGUCUUUCCCGCAAGGAUUUGAUACCAUAGUUGGUGAGGAAGGGGCUCAGCUUUCCGGAGGACAGCGACAGCGUAUUGCUCUCGCGAGAGUUCUGGUCAGGAAUGUAAAGAUUCUUUUGCUUGAUGAAGCAACGAGUGCAUUGGAUAGCGAAAUUUUGGCAGAUGGUAUUAUUGCUGAGAUUGGUAAUCAUCAAGAGCUAUUGGAUAAGCGCGGUCGCUAUUUUGCCUUGGUUGAAGCCCAGAAGCUGAAGACAACAGAGCCGGUGGUGCACAUCAGCCAGUCAAUAGUCAAAAAAGAUUCUCCAGCAGAAGCGAUUGUGCGCACAAAGACGUCUACGUCUGUGCCGCCACUUAUUAGUUUCUGCGACGUGGCUUUUCAAUACCCUUCCCGGCCCGAUUCUUCUGUUUUUCAUGGGCUCGAUUUGGAUAUCCGGCAGGGCGAAACCCUUGCUUUGGUUGGUCCAAGCGGCUCAGGAAAGAGCACUAUUAUGCAGCUUCUUGAACUCUUUUAUCAUCCAAAAGAUGGAAAAAUUGAAUUCAAUGGCGUGGACAUUCGAGACUUAAAUGUUCGUUGGGUGAGAGAGCAAUUUGGAUUAGUGUCGCAGGAGCCUGUUCUCUUCGAUACAACAAUCAUGGAAAACAUCAGGUAUAGUUUCCCUGAAGCGAGCGAACAGCAGGUUGAAGAAGCCGCUAAGAAAGCAAACGCCCAUGAUUUCAUCAUUUCGUUUCCUGAUGGAUACAAAACUCGUGUUGGGGCCGGUAGCACUCUUGUCUCUGGUGGUCAGAAACAAAGGAUUGCUAUUGCGCGCGCUCUGCUAAAGAAGCCGAAGGUAUUGCUUUUAGACGAAGCGACCAGCGCACUUGAUUCUCAAAGUGAGGCUAUAGUUCAGUCAGCCAUUGACGACCUCAUUUUAGGAGGUGACCAGACUUGUAUUGUUAUUGCCCAUCGCUUAUCGACUAUUAGAAACGCAGAUCGCAUUGCUGUUAUCGACCAAGGAAAGGUCGGGGAGAUUGGAACGCAUGAUGAUCUUAUGGCUUUGAAUGGACAAUAUGCACGCCUGCAAGCGUUGCAGAACCUCGGAACUACUGAAGAGGUUGCACUGGUUUCGAAUAAUGCUAUGGAUGAGAACACGGAAACAGAAAAAACGCUCUCUAGUAAGAAUGAUGCGCCCCCUGAGACUGAUACGAUCGAUGAGAUCGAUGAGGAUGCCCACAAGCGUAUUUCUAAAAGGGUUCGAAGCCUAGCUUCUGAUGACUCUUUCUAUUUCGUAGCAGGUGCCAUUGGGGCCGUUUUUGCUGGUAUUAUGUUUCCAGCUUGGGGCUUUAUCUUUGCUUACAUGAUUGAGCUAUUCUACACCCCUGUCCAAGCGUGCCCACCGCUUGCCAACGAUGGAUUUUUUGACUGCGACGAGUACUUUGACUUUGUUGCCGAUGACAUACAAGAGCGAUCGAUGAAGAUCUUCUACGGAUUUAUUGGUAUCAUCGUUAGUAGUGUGUUUGGUACAACACUACUAUUUUGGGGAUUCGGAUCAGCCUCUGAAAGGAUGAACAAACGAGUGCGCGAUGGCGCCUUCAAGAGCCUACUUCGUCAAGAAGUUGCGUGGUUUGAUGUUCGCUCUCCAGGAACUAUCAAGUCGCAACUAGCUGACGAUGCAGCUCUACUUCAUGCAUUCUGCGGGGAACCUAUACGCACUUUGGUGCUCAGCCUUGCCAGUGUUCUCGUUGGGUUGAUUGUCUCAUUUAUUUACAUGUGGCCCAUCGCUUUAUCGACAUUGUUUAUUCUGCCUUUUAUGGCAUUUGGAGCAGAAAUGGAAAUGAAAACAUACGCUGGUGAAGACGAAGGAGAUGAAGAUGGUAGAGAUAAAAAUUCCGCUGGAGGAAUUGUCAUUGAGAGUCUCUCCAAUAUGCGAACAGUUGCCUCUUUGACAUUGGAAGAGCAACGUGCUGCUGAAUAUGCUCAAGCUCUUAGGCAAACUGAUUACGAGUCGCCUCGGGUCGUCGUCUUUAAGGGAAGCGCAGCUGGAGCCGGUCAGUUUGUUCAGAUGUGG